UUCAGUUUCUCACCCAUCCAUCCCCUACAAUUCUGGCUUUAUAAAUUGGCGUUUCAGCCCACCACCGCACACCCUCCUCUCUAUUGUAGACAGCAAAAGAAGAGAGAGAGAGAGAACUCCCACAUACGUUCCCCUGCAAAGAGAAUCUGUGCAUGAGUUGGGUUCGUGUCUCUCUGAAGGAAACAAGAGAAAGAAAAGGCUCCAUGGUUUCCUUUCGUACAGCGCCAGCCCCCAAGGAGGCCAACUUCUUCGCUGCGGAGAACUCUUCCUUGAAGAGGAAGUUUGGAGACUUGCUUAAGGACUCAACCCACGUCGAGCUCCAAAUGGAGAGGCCCCUUCCUCUGGAGUGGCAGCAGUGUCUUGAUCUUCAGUCUGGACAGAUUCACUUCUAUAACACUAGAACCCGAAAGAGGACAUGCAAGGACCCAAGGGAGGAACGCGAAGAGCCGGACCACUCACCCAAGAAGACCAUGAGACUUGAACUGGAGCUCAACCUGCCCUAUGACUCACUCAGUGAUAACGAAAGCAACAUGCAUAAGGAGAGCGGCCCACGGCGAUCUCCGGACAGCAGAUCAGAUGAUUCACAGGUCACGGCGCCGAUUAAAGAGAAGAGGCAAGAUGACCUGCACAUCCGAGCAAAAGCGUCCACCGAUCCGCGGCCGACUCGGUUGUUGUUGCCUGAUUUAGAGAAAGAAGCGCAGGAGAUGGUUGCAGCUGCAUGCAUGAGGUGCCACAUGCUUGUGAUGCUAUGCAAGGCUUCUCCAACGUGCCCAAACUGCAAGUUUCUGCAUCCUCUAGAUCAGAAGGACUAUGGUGCUCUGUUCAAGCCAGGCCCAGGCCUAGGCCUUCUGUGUUGUAAAGACUAGCUCUUUUUAAGUGCAUAUGUUGAACUUCCUACUAUGUAUAGAUUGUACCUUUAACUGAACUUCAUAUGUUAUUGGUUUGAAAUUAAUAUGAAGUCACAUGUAAUUAGCCUGUC